AUGGAAAACGGUGAAACUUUGCGUCAAAACUAUACUCCGUCGCCUUUGUUUGGCACCGAUUCCGAGAUGAACCAUUGUUACGCCAAAUUCAAGGAACUUGACGAAAGUUAUGCACAGACUCGAAGUGAUCGUGUCCGUAUGGCAAUGUUUCCUAAUUUAUGUAGUGAAAAAACUUGUAUGGCAUCUUUACAUCGUUCAACAAUUCUCUCCAAGCUCACUGAACCAUCUCAAUUACUAACAACUGCUGUUAUUGAAUUAAUCAGUCUUCAAGAUGAAACCGAACUAACUACAAAAGCAAUUCCUGAACUUAUCAAGUUACUAGCAGAUAAAGACGAGACAGUAAUUAUGCGAGCUGUGCAUAUGGUGCAUUUGUUAUCACGCGAGAACAAAUCGGUAAAUGCAAUAGCUUCAAAUCCAACACUUGUGAAUUCUUUGUGCAAUGCUACUCGGUGUGAAAACGAUGCUAUUCGACGGGAUGCACUUGGUGCACUUCUACAUAUAUCGGAACAUGCGGAAGGUCGUAUGCAUAUAUUUCGUUCAGGUGGAAUUCCAGAGCUAGUCGCAAUGAUUGGUAUACCAGUAGAUGCUGUACGCCACUACGCUAUCACUACUCUACAUAAUUUGUUGUUGUUUAUGGAUUACGCAAAAGAAGAAACAAGAGCUUGUAGUGGUUUAGAAGCAAUGACACCGCUUCUUCAUGAAAAUAAUCCUCGCUUCUUAGCAUUAUUAGCCGAUUCUUUGUAUCUUUUAUUACUGGACAGUCCCCAAAGCAAACUUUCUUUUUUAUCAUUGAGUGGUCCUUCAUUAUUAAUCGAUCUUCUGGACACGAAUCGUCAUCAUCCUAAAGUUGUGUAUACUGCUGUACGCUGCAUUCGAGCAAUAUCUGUUUGUCCACAGAAUAAAGCUGCUCUUGUUUCUCUUGGAACAUUGAAUGUUUUGGGAGAUUUCAUCAGUAAUGUUGAUGAAAGGACGCAAUCUGCUGUCCUCUGUGCUAUUCGCAAUCUAUCAGAUGCAGCAGCUAAUGAAGAUAGCUUAGGACCUUUGAUUAUUAGCUUGAUUCAACUUAUUUCUGCAGGUGAAGAAUCCGCAACGGCAUGUGCUGCAGGGAUAUUGUCCAAUUUAACUUGCAAUAAUAUUCGGAACAAGCAGACUUUGUGUUUACAUAGGGGUAUGGAUGCGUUGUGUGCUGCCUUAGAGCGAUUUUCAUUGGUGGAAGAAGUGACAGAACCAACUCUUUGUGCAUUGAGACAUUGCACGGCUCGUCACCCUCUUGCAUCUCAAGCGCAAAGUGAUAUCCGCUUAUCACAAACUUUACCAGUUAUUUUAACCCUGAUUUCGUCCAUGCGGACACCGGUUGUUAAGGCAGCACUCGGACUAAUUAGAAAUCUUGCUCUUCUUCCUGCUAAUUUAUAUUCCUUGACUCAUCAAAAAACUCCUAAAGAUGAGUCAGUGGUCACGUUGACUAUGGAUGUACUAGGGCGAGCAGGCUCUCAGUUACGGCAGGAUCCAGAUGCAUUAGCAGAUGGUGUAGCUAUGCGUGAAUUAGUUGAAGGUGCUAUUUCAGCUCUUCAUCAACUUGGAAAUGAUCUUCAGUCUGCUGAGCUUAUGCUUCGCGAUCAUUCAUUUAUUGAUAUGCUGGUUAAGUUGCUUUCUUGGGAAGAAAUAUACGUUAACGAGGAUGAACUGUUGCAACGUGAGCUACUUGGUCUUCUCUAUCAACUUUCAAAAACUCCUGAAGGUGCACGGCAGUUGGAAAUGUAUGGUGUGACCCCUGUGCUUUGCGCAACAUAUGCAUCUGGCGUGUUGAAGAAUUUGCAAUUUGACAAACCUUUAUUAUAUCGGGGUGAACUGGACACAGAAAUUGAAAGUGUAUUGAACAGUGGUGAAGAGUGGAUGCAUGAUGGUUUGGAACCGGAACUUUUUGCUGAAUUGUAUCACUCUUCGGAAUUAGAACAGUUGGAUCAUCCACAGCCAUGGCAACAUCCACCACCUUAUCAAACUAAUAAUCGAAGGGAAAGAAUAUUGAAGUUCAUACGUAGUCAGGCGCUGAAUGGUAUGGUUGAUAUAGAAGUGCAUGAAUGUGACUUGUUCGAGCAUGAACCCUUUGUUGUUGACUGCUUAGCCUUAGAUGAACGACAGGGAAUUUUGUGCGUCGCGCGUCAUUCUGACUAUAAUAAGCAAAAACGUAAUGGAAUGAUUGAAUUUUGGAAUGUCAUUGGCACUCCAAUCUUUCAUGUUCGGAAUACAUUUCUUGGAAAUAAAACUGUUGAAUCACUGCUUUGGCUUGACGAUGUGUUACUUGCUGCACAUAUCGAUGGCUCGAUAACAGGUCAUUGCCUUCACACUUCGGAAUACUUCACUGCUCGAUUUACGCCAAGUUCAUUGUGGUGCUUGGCUUCCAUAUCAGGUCUCUCUUUUUGUGCUGGUUCAGACUCUGGAGCUGUAUUGCUGCUUUCUUUGGAAGAAAAUAAUCGCAUUGUUUUAAAUAAAACAAUAUCAAUAGGUUUCGGUGUUCAUGUCAUGUCACUAGCUUGCAAUAAUGAUGUCGUUGCCGCUGGAACAGUUGAUGAAAUCAGUUUGAUAUCUAUUUCAAAACAACGGAUCGAACAUACAAUUAAACUACCGCGGAUUGAAAAACGAAAACCAACCAUUGUUUGGUGUUUGUGCUUCAUUGGCAAGUUGCUGGCAUCAGGUGAUUCGAGGGGAUAUGUGACAUUCUGGAAUGCAUCAAAUGGAGCAUUUUCACAUUGUCUUCAAACCCAUCAAGCUGACGUUUUAUGUAUGGCUGUAGCCAAUGAAUCAAUCUAUGCUGCUGGUGUUGAUCCAACCAUUGCUAGACUUGGGUUAAAUCAGGACUGCGCAGUGUAUCGAGUUGAGCAUCGUAAAUUAAUUCAUAGCAAUGAUGUACGAGCACUGGUUGCAUCGCAACAUACGCCAUUCAUUUAUUCUGGUGGUGCUGAUUAUUAUUUUUCUGUUAGUGAUCGUUCAAAACAUGCCUAUGGUUUGAAAAAUAUUAUGUGUAGCAUUGCGCCUCAAACAAACCUCUUUUCAUAUCAGUACGACGAUCAUAUUGUUAUUUGGAAAGCUGGCUCACCUCGUACAAAAAUGCUCAAUAAACGAAUUUAUUGCUUAGAAGAUGAUCCGGUUAAAUUAGGAUAUUUACGGUCUCAUCAAGGAAAAUCCAUUGUUUCAAGUGCUCUGAAUUAUAAAGGCACUUUGUUGGCAGUUUCUACAAUUGGCACUACAACUCUCUAUAAAUUCGAUUUUGAAUUUUCAAAAGAACCUAGCAUAUCUCUCUUGAAGAGAUGGGAUAUUAUUGGAACAAAAUUGCUGUUUUCAUCUACCUAUUUGUUCAUUGCCUCCUUGAGCUUCAAGAUAUCUUUUAUUUCACUUUCUGAUUUAUUACCAGAACAUCCGCUCACAAUUGCUAAAAGAGAUGGCGCUGGAGAAGUAGUUCAGCUAAACGGUAAUAUGGAUGAAACACUGCUUGUGAUAUUAACCACAAGAAAUGAACUAUUCAUUUUGAAUAUCAAGGAAAAGAUGUUACGAAAGUUGGAUAUUCUAGGAUCACAUGUGAUCAUUGAUGCUCAGUUUGUGAGUGAUAUAUCGUUGUAUAUUCUCUGCGCUGAUAUGAAGAAUACGAUUAUUGAGUAUAACACAAGGAGUAACAGCCUUAGUGAGAAUACAGUUUCGACAGAAGCAUUAUGUAUGUUGCAAAAUGAAGUGGUCUUGCAGAUGAAUUGUAGUUUAGAAGGAAUUAUUUUGGGAGGCUCGCGAGGCAGUUUGCGCAUCAUUACGCUUGUUAACGGCGAACGAGUUCUGCUCUAUGGGCCAGAAGCAUGUGCUUUGAAGAGGACAGCAGAAGGAGAAGGUGCUGGAGUGUGUUUGAUACGCAGGGAUCGAUGUGUGCAAGCUUGUUGGCUAUCGAGCCGAAAAUUGCUCUUCACGACGCCUAUUAUGUAUGCCGAACCGUCGCAAACUGCUUUUCGACUUAAACGUUACGGCCUGAAUUGA